CAGAUGUAGUGGGGGAGGACUUGAGGUCAUCAUCAGCUGAUUUUUGGAACAAGACGACAGGAUUGGGACGCAGGGGAAGAUGGCGAAACUCCGGCAUGUCGUGUGGGAAUUAUCAUCGAAUUUCUCCUCGAAUCAAUACUUUUCAAAAUUAUUAUCACCUCCUUGGUGUCAACUUUCGUUGCAGAACGGAAAUCUCCGGAAAGUGGCAACGAAUGCAGCGGAGAAUGUCUCUGAGGACGCCCUGAUCAUCAGUGACAGCUGCGUCAAGAGAUUAAAGGAGAUAUCCCAGGAUGGAGCCUGUUUGCGAGUGACUGUCGAGGGUGGAGGAUGCUCCGGAUUCCAGUACAAAUUUGAUUUGGACUCCACAGUCCACGACGAUGACAAAGUUUUUCUAAAGGACGGAGCCAAGAUCAUAAUAGACUCCACCUCCCUAGAGUACGUAAAAGGCUCAACGAUUGAUUUUCAUUCGGAAUUAAUCCGCUCUGCCUUCAGAAUAAUAAAUAAUCCGCUGGCUGAACAGGGCUGCAGCUGUGGUGCAAGUUUUUCUAUAAAGGUCGAUUAACAUUAAAUACUAAUAACUGUUAAAUUCGAGUAGUUGUACAUUACAGUAUAUAUUUUUUUAAAUGUUUAUCAAAGCUUACGAUACUCGUCAAUUUGUGGGAUCACGCUGUAUUUUAAAUAAUUUACUUUGACUCCACAGUCCCAACAGUUCAUCGAUAAUUUAUCAGUGUAAAUAUUCGUUAUUAUUAAAAAUGUGAGACAGAUUGAAGUAA